GAAAAUGGAUUUGAUCCCAUGAUAUUUUUAGAAAUCUCUAAAUGUUUUAAAUCAAUCAGUAAAUUGACUAAUAUUGAACACAAGCAAAUUAAUCUAUCAUUGGGUGAAUGGGCAGGAAGAUAUUAUGAAUAUACAUUAGAUGCUGUUAAACAAUCUUAUAAAGCUGCUGCUUUUUUGCCAGAAUAUAUGGGAAUAUCUCAAAAUGAUUAUCAAGAAUUAAUAGACGAUUUCGAUAGACAAUGUGAUCAAAACCAUACCUACAUAGAAUUACAUAG